GGCCUAUGAAACAAUUUCAGCAUCUUUAAUUCCUCUUAGACAAUAAUGGCAUUCCAAAAGCUUCUUUCGCUUGUCUUUUCUCAACUGGUUCUCACCCUUUUAUUCUUAGACCUUAGUAAUUCACAAGGGUUACAGCUCGGGUUCUAUAGGAAGACAUGCCCAAAUGCAGAAUACAUUGUUCAUGAUAUUGCAUACAAGUACAUCUCCAGGGAUCCAACUCUUGCUGCUCCUUUACUAAGAAUGCAUUUCCAUGAUUGCUUUGUUAGAGGAUGCGAUGGUUCUGUGUUAUUAGAUUCUACAAAGAAAAAUCAAGCUGAGAAAGCAGCAAUCCCCAAUCAAACCUUAAGAGGUUUCAAUGUGAUUGACGCUAUAAAAUUUGAACUUGAAAGGAGGUGUCCCGGCAUAGUUUCUUGUGCUGACAUUUUGGCCUUGGCAGCUAGAGAUUCAGUUCUAAUGAUUGGAGGGCCAUCUUGGAGUGUUCCUACCGGACGUAGAGAUGGAAGAGUGUCCAUUUCUUCAGAGGCUUUAAAUCAGUUACCAUCUCCUUUCGCCAAUAUUAAUCAACUUAAACAAAAUUUUGCCUCGAAGGGCCUAAGUGUAAAGGACCUAGUGGUUUUGUCAGGAGGGCAUACCAUUGGAAUUGGACAUUGCUUUAUAAUCUCUAACCGCCUAUACAAUUUCACUGGCAAAGGCGACACAGACCCUUCAUUGGACCCCUUAUAUGCAGCUCAGUUGAAGAAGAAAUGUAAGCCUGGAAAUUCCAACACAAUUGUUGAGAUGGAUCCUGGAAGCUUCAAAACAUUCGACGAAGAUUACUACACUGUUGUAGCGAAAAGAAGAGGGCUCUUCCAAUCUGAUGCAGCUCUUCUUAACGAUAUUGAAACAAGUACUUAUGUCAAACUUCAGGCUUUGACAAAUGGAAUCACUUUUGCACAAGAUUUUGCUAAUUCCAUGGUUAAAAUGGGGCAUAUCGGUGUCCUUACUGGCAAUCAAGGUGAAAUCAGGAAACAGUGUGCUUUUGUGAACUACUAAUGUUUCUUUUUUUUAAAAAAAAUUCUUAUUUUGGUUGUAAUCAUGUAUGUUCCGUUUGAAGUUCUCUGUAUUUGGUUUUCCUCAGCAAAAAUGGUUGCAAAUCAUAAUUGUACACAUUAAAUAUAUUUGGUUUUUCUCUGGCA